GGGCCAAACUCAGGAAAGUCGGGAAGGAUGAGACCCCCAGUGGGGGGGGAGGCCCUCCCGUUCCCCCCACCAAAGCCGAUGGGGCCCCCCGGGCCGGGGGGGGGCUGAUGGAGGAGAUGAGCGCCAUGCUGGCCCGCAGGAGAAAAGCCACGGAGCAGCCAAAGAAGGACGAGGACGUCACCACCGAGGAAGCGGAGCCGGGCGCGAGGACGGCGGGGCCGCCGCCGGAGCCCGUACGGAGGCCGUGGGAAAAAUCCAGUUCCACCCUGCCCAGGGUGAAAUCGGCCAUUCCAGCUGCCCCCUCCGAGUCCCACAGUGAGCUGGACAUGGAGCGAUUCAAACUGGAGCUGCUGGAGGAGGUGCGGAGGGAGCUGCAGAAAAUGAAGGAGGAGAUCAUAGAAGCAUUUGUGAUGGAGCUGCGGAAGCGGAACAGGCCUUGAUCGCCCCUCACGCCCCCCACAACGCCACGGGCCCGGAUUUGGGGGGGA